UCUAAGAUUUGUAUGUAUAUUCAGUCAAAUUAUUUAAAUUUAUGCUAUGUUAAUACAAAAUAAUGUUAUUUAUUAAUUAUUAAUUUGGAAUUUGGUAAUGGAAAUUGUUCUAAAUUUUAUUUUUACUAAUUUCAUUAUAAAUGAUAUGAAUAUAUUGAUGAAUUUGGUAUAGCAAAAGAUGUUAACUGGCCUGUAUUAUUAGGGUGUCUAUAUUAUAUUUUACAAUGUACUCUUAUUCACUCACUAUAGUGUAAACAUAUUACACUACUAGCGUCAUAAUACAAUAUAGCCCUUUCUGAGAUUAAUAUAUACUGUACUAAAAUCUAUGUUUUAUUAUAGUUUAUUUCUAAUCUUAAUGUGCCUUUUGACAUAGACCUUCUUCAAUGACUUCCACUGGUUUCUAUCAUUUGUAACCCUUCACCAUUUUGCGCCCACAGUUAACUUGAAAUUAUCAGUGGUAAGAGAUAGUUAAUAAUGGGCUUUAGCUUCCCCAUUGCUAGCAAUACACCCUGUCUGAUUGAUCUUCUCAUGGUCCUCCUUAGAAACCAUCAUGUUUAAUUUCAGAUGAAUUCAUCAUGAUGGGCUAACUGGCCUGCCAUUUCAUGCUCAUUAAUCAUCUCAAUGGUCCCUAACAGCAUAUACUGUUAGCACAGGCGAGGUCAUUGUUCCAUUAUUACCCAUUAAGAAAAACUUCAAAUCAUCUUCCCAUUUCAUGUUCUCUUCCCUGCUUUCUCUUUUUAUUUCUUUAUUUCCUUUUUCUUACUAGGGUAUACAUAACAUACGUAUAUUCAUACUAAGAAAUUGAAAAUGCAAAUAAAUUACUAUCAAUAUCUUUGCCCAAAAUUUAUAUUAGUUUGGUGUGUUUGUCUGACCUAAUUUAUAUAGAUAUCUACAUGUUUGUGUACCUAAUUCUGAAGAGAUUAAAUGUAGAUAGAGAAUGCUGGUACCGUUCCUAAUUUAUGGAAUUGCAGCUGAAAAAUAGUAGCUAUAGGUAAUCACAUUAAGUAUUGAACUUUUAUACUGAAAAAUUGACAUAUUUUGUAUCAUCAUAUCAGCCAUUAACUGUCUAAUACUAAACAUAAAUCUCCCCCUAUUUGUGAGGAUUUUGCCAAUAGUUGCCAUGUUUGGCAAGUGGGUUAGCAACCAAAUUGGCUUUGGUGAUGUUUAAUUAAACCAAUGUUGGAUGUUGAUACUGAUCCUUAAAUAUUAAGUUCAUAUCAACCAUUUUAAUAUUAUGUUCCCUUAUUCCCUUCUUACAUCACCCAUGGGAAAAGAAGAGAUGGGCCAUUCUAUGUUGGGACCACAUGAGCGAUAUUUUGUUUAAUUUCAUAUAAAUUAUAAUUUUUGCCUGAUUUAUAUUGUUUUUUUGUUUGUUGUUAUAUCUAUUUAUUGUAAAGAAUUGUGUUCACGUAAAACUAAAUACUUUUCAAAACGCGAAAAUACUUAUAUUUAAAUUAAGAAUUUAUAUCGUAGUUCACUUCAGACAUUGACAGUAUACGUACUUUCAGAGACUACCUAAAGUUGUUACCGGAGUUUGUAGCUCCGGCCAUAUAUCUAUAAAACUACCUAUAUCAUGGAUAUAUAGCCUCUAUAGUAUAGGAUAAUCAAAUAAUCUACCUAUCUUAUUCUAGUGUAAUUUUUAUUUCUUUUUCAUAUGUUUCAUCUGCCACAGAUAAAGAAUAAGCAAAAAUUUUUUUUUUUAUUAUUGGCUGUAAUUAUUACAACACUGUCACCACAUUGACACUGUCAAUCUGACGUAUGUUUUAAAAAAAUUCCGUUGACUUGUUCGUUGAUUUGAUUGUCGAAAGUAUUUUUAAUUCUUUGGUUUCUUGUUUUGUUUUUGUUUGAGUAACACAGAAAUAGAACAAACUUGUAGUUUAUAUUAGUUUCAUACGAAAUAGUAGUUCAUGCCCUGUAAGGGCUGCGUAAAAGCGAAUGUUUUCGAAUAUAUUGAAUAGUACCCCGCCGACUAAGAACGAAAAGAGCAAUUUAAAAAAUAUAUACUACAAAUUCCAAAAUCUAUUGGGGCGUGGAACCGACAAUUGUAACAAUACUAGCUUUAAAGAAAAUAUGUUAUCCGCAAAGGGUAGCACUACGGCCUCCGAGGAUAGUUUCAUUACUCCAGUGUCGUCCAUGGGCGAUCUCAUGGCCCUGUCACCAAAAAAACCUGAGAAGUUAACUGAGCAGCCUGAUGUUACAGAAGAUCUUCUCACGGGAACAGAGUUUGAUAGCAUCUGCGAUGUGACAAUGCAGGAAGUACCUCAGUACGACGAUACAUUUAUAGAUGCUUCUAGUUUGGAUUACCUUGUUAAAUGCGCCGAAUCUAAUCGUAACCACAAUCUUAUAGAUAGAGGAAAAGAAAGCUUGUUUGUUAAAUUUGACCCAUUAUAUGCAAGGUAUAAUCAAAUGAGCUCUGAAACACUUCCGCUCACUACAGUAGCCAAUUCUGAAAUAGAUAUUGGAUAUGAGACUGGUAGUGCUGCAUCAGUCUUCACUGAUAAUCUGGUAGGUACACCUAAACAUACUUUGUCAGCAGGAUCUGUCAUAUCAAACAACAGCAAAGAUAAACCAAUGCAAAUAGUGCCUCCAGUAGUGAACUGUGAUGUUCCUAAAACAAGUGCUAAUCAAACAAGGACAACUCCUGCCUUGAUACGAAGUGUGUCAGCAAUUCUGACGCCCACACAAGUAGUAACAGAUCGACUGAUUAGUAUUUCUGGGAGUACCCCACCAACUGCAGCCCCUCGUAGCCCUCGUUAUACUACCUAUAGUUCGCAAGAAGUUGACCGCCUCCAAUCACUCAGAGUCAUUCUUCAAAAACAAGAUCAAGAGUUGUUACAAUUAAGACAGGAAAACAGAGAAUUAAGAUCUACAAUUCAAGAUAUGGAACACAAGCAUUUUAGAUCAACAGAACAUAUGGAAGAGAAGAUAAAGAAGUUAACUGAUGAAAGAGACAAUUUGAUAGAACGGGAAAAUAAGUUGAUUCAGCAAGUAAAUGAAAAGAUCAUGAGUAACAAACAAAUGUGUAUUGUAAUGGAAGAAUAUGAAAAAACUAUAUCAUCAUUAAUUGGUGAGCAACAGCAAGACAAAAUGCACUUUCAAGAACUCAAUGACAAAUUAAUAUCUGAAAGAGACCAAGCUUUAAACCAUCUGAGCAGUAUGGAAAGUUCUUUUAAUGAUUUACUUUCUAAAUAUGAAAAGUGUAAGAGUGUUGUAAUGGAAAUUAAAGAAAGAGAGAAAGUAUUUCAGGAAAAAAUUUCAGAAUAUGAAGUUGGUAUCAAGAAGUAUGAUGCUCUAUACAAUAAUCUAAAAGAAGUUACUUCAGAUAAUCUAAAUAAAGCUAAUGAGACCUUGGAAAGUGUAAAAAAGAAUCAUAAUGCAGAAAUUACAAAAUUAAAUGCAAUCAUAAAGAAACAUGAAAUUACAGUAGCAUCUUUACAGGAGUCAUUGGCACAAAAGACCAGAGACAAUGAGGAACUAACAAGAAUAUGUGACCAACUUAUCAACGAAGUGCGUUGAUAAUACAAUUUACUACAGUAUUUUUUUAAGUUCACUAUAGAUAUUUGGGUGCUUUUUAGUACUUUUUAUGACAUUUUGGAAAGUUUUUCAUUUAUCCAAUAUUGUCAAAAUUCUUCUGUGAUGUUUAUUAUUAUUCUUUACUUACUAUCAGUAAAUUAUAGAUCUGUCUAGUUAUACAUGUUAUUACUGUUUAUAUAUAAUUAAUAGUAAAAUUAUGUCUUCAUAAUAGCCACUAAACUAGAUACCUACUUGGAUGUCUCUAGAAUAUUGAAUAUAGCACUAAAAAUAGACAACUAGUCCAAACAGUAGUUUUUUUAUAACACAGGAGAUAAGCAUGUGACUCACUUGAUGGUAAGUGACUACCGCCGCCCAUGAUCAUCUGCAAUACCAGAGGCAUUACAGGUAUUCUGCUGGCCUUUUAAAAAGAAUAUGUUAAAAGAAGUUGUUCAUAAAAUUACUGAACCUAAAUUUAAUAAGUUUGUAGAAAAUUCAGCAUAAUUUUGUUCUUCAUACCAGGAUACAGGAUAAGCAGAGAGCCUGACAGAAAUGAAACACUAUUGUUAAUUAAGUAAUCAAAUUAUUAAGUACUUACCAUAUAAAUAUGGAUCGAAAUCUGAUCAAUGUUUAUAAAUAGGUGUAUACAUUAUAGUCCUUUGUUAUUUAAAAUUUUUAUUAAGGUAAACCAGGGUCUCAACAUGUAUAAUCUAGAUUAGUAAAUAGUCCAAUUGGUUGGUUUUUAUAAAGAAAAUUCCAUUCAAAAUAUAAAUUAUGCUCAAUAUGUAUAUUAUCUUAAGAUGCUUUGCUAACUAUACAAUUUUAAAGAUCUGAUUAUUGUUAGGUACCUACAAUACAUAAAUUGUAUAUUUAUUUAGGUAUCAUAUUUUGGAGGUGCUUGUAUAUUACUAAUAGUUAAACAAUUUUAAAAUUUAAUAUUGACAUUAUUCUCUGCAUUUUUAAUUAAUAAUAACAAGAAAUCAUUGUGACAUUGAUACUGUUAUGUUAAUCACUAUGUUUGAUAUUUUACUUGCUGUACUUAUUUAGAUUACUAUUUUGAAAUAAAUUUUUUUAGAGAAAAAUGUCUAUUUUUAUUUUUAUAAUUUGUGUGCUGGUAAAAACUUCCUAAAUACUAAAACAAAGUAGGUACUAACAUUAUAUGUAUAUUAAGGUAACUUACUAACACAAAUUGUACAUGUAUUUAAGAAGAAUGGACAUCAGGGAUCUUAAUCAGACAAAUAUAUUGGCUUAAAACAAUACUUUUUUUUUAAUUUUUAUAUGUAAAUACGUGUAUAUUUGUUCUGGCAUCACACAAAUGAUACUACAACAAAUUAAAUGCUGCUUUUAUAGUUAUUUUCCGAAAAUCGGAAUUUAAAAUUUUGUGCAUGUUUUAUCUUAAUACA